AUGGGUAAAAAGAGAUUGAGAGAAGAAGGCAAGGAUGGAUUGCCAUCGGAUGCAGACGCCGACGGAAUGGAUCAAGACAGCAGCGACGGCGAGGACUUUGACAUGGUCAAUGUAGAAUUUGAAUGGUUCAACUUUGACCCCGAGGUGGACUUCCACGGCGUCAAGUCCCUUCUACGACAGCUCUUCGACGUCGAUGCCAGCCUUUUCAACAUGUCUGCUUUGGCGGACCUUGUUCUCUCCCAACCGACAAUCGGCUCGACCGUCAAGGUUGACGGAAAAGCAACCGAUGCGUACGCCAUGCUCACCGUGCUCAACACGCACGUCCACCGCGAGGCCGAGCCCAUCAAAGACAUUGUACAGUACCUCGUUGACAAGGCGCGGACAAACGAAUCCCUGGCCGUCGUUGCGGACCUCCUCGACGCCGGCAAGCACAUUGGCUUGAUAUUCUCCGAGCGCCUGAUCAACAUCCCCCCCGAGAUCGGGCCGCCUCUCUACUCCAUGCUGGUCGACGAAGUCGAGGCCGCCGUGGAGGAUAAGGAGCCGUACGAGUUUUCGCACUACCUGAUUCUCUCCAAGACAUAUCAGGAAGUGGACUCGACGCUUGAUAUGGACAAGCGAAAGAAGAAGAAGGCCAAGGAAGAAGCUUCGACGUUUUUCUUCCAUCCGGAAGACGAGGUGUUGCACAAGCACGCAUUGGCGCACGGUAGCUUCUCGUACACAAAGGAGGAGGAUGUGGUGGCGGAUAGCAAGAGGGCCUUCCAGGAGGCGGGCAUCAAGCCGACCGGGCACAUGAUUCUGAUUGAGGCCACCAAGUUUGAAGGCGCCGUGAAGGCUAUUACCGAGUACUUGAAACCGCAAUAA